AGGGGCUUUGCGACGCGGCGCGCCUGCGCGCUGAGCCCAACGACGCGCCACUUCGUUACUUUUGAAACCGGUGGCGGGCAAGUUCCGUGGGGGCUGCCCGGUCUUUGCUGCGGGCCUAGGGCGAGCGCGCGCGCGCGUCGGCGGGCCUGGGACAUGGCGCGGCAGCUCAGCCGCGAGCAAGGCAUCACCCUGCGUGGCAGCGCCGAGAUCGUGGCCGAGUUCUUCUCUUUUGGCAUCAACAGCAUAUUAUAUCAGCGUGGCAUAUAUCCGUCUGAAACCUUCACUCGAGUGCAGAAAUACGGACUCACCUUGCUUGUCACCACUGAUCCUGAGCUCAUCAAAUAUCUGAAUAGCGUAGUGGAUCAGCUGAAAGAUUGGCUGUACAAGUGCUCCGUUCAGAAACUAGUGGUUGUCAUCUCAAAUAUCGAAAGUCACGAGGUUCUUGAAAGGUGGCAGUUUGAUAUUGAGUGUGACAAGACUGCAAAAGAUGAUAGCUCACCUCGACAGAAGUCCCAGAAAGCCAUCCAGGAUGAGAUCCGCUCCGUCAUCAGGCAGAUCACGGCCACCGUGACGUUUCUGCCGCUGCUGGAAGCUUCCUGUUCAUUUGAUCUGCUGAUUUACACUGACAAAGAUUUGGUUGUGCCUGAGAAAUGGGAAGAGUCGGGACCCCAGUUCAUCACCAACUCGGAGGAAGUCCGUCUCCGUUCCUUCACGACUACGAUCCACAAAGUCAACAGCUCGGUGGCCUACAAGAUCCCCGUCAAUGACUGAGGGCGAGCUCAGGGCUGUUGUAUUUGUAGUUCCCUGGAGGGGUUUUCCUGAAACCAAGUCAACUGCUGUUGAUGUUUCAUUUCACUUGGUUAAUUUUUAGUUGGGGAAAGCUUCCGAUGGACUUGACUGCACCCUGCGUGAUUGUUCCUUUUUGUGGGCGCCUGUUUGACUUUCCAUAAGGUUGACGUAGGAAUUGAUUGCACAUUGUUCCAGAGAGAACCUGCAGAUUGUCAGUCCUGAGGUGUCACUUGCUUUGAAAAGUGGUCACUGUAUAUGAGAAAACUUGCGAUGUGAAGUUCAAUGCUUUUUCUAAUCAGACCCUUUGGUCAGUUAGCUUGACUCAGAACAUAAGUAGAGAAAUAAAUCGGAAACGCAGCAAAAGAACUCUGAACAUUCAGAAUCUUUGGGUCCUAAAACAAUAUUGUUUCUGUUAGAUCCUUUAGCUUCUGUUUCACUGGUAGAUCUUCUACAUUAAUAAAAAUUCCAUCCUUUUGAUUUUAAGUUAUAUAACUUGAACCUACAAAGCUAUGGUUAUUCUCAACUGUUUAAAUGACUGUGGUUCGGAACUCUUGGAAAUAUCUUUUCAUGUUUUAUAAAAUCGAGCUUAAAAUGAUGAAAUAAAGUUAAAUAUGUAUG